GUAAUAUACAUUUUUAGAAAUCAGUUAACGGCAAGGAAAACCAUACAGUUUUUACAAUAAUAUUUUGGUUCUAUCGCUAAACCAAAUCGGGCUCAUCCUUAAGGCGUCCUCAAUUCGUUCACCUACUGCAAUGGCCCUAAAUCUGGGAGGCUGGAUACACAGUUUCACGGUAACCGACACGCAGCAGCACAAAGGAGGCUACACUAUUUACAAGAUUACAUCGAUUGUCUUUCCGCGCUCGGUGCCUCAGGCAUUGACCUGCCUGGUUGUAUGGAAACGGUUUCAUGAGAUCAAGCGGCUGCACAGGGAGCUCAGUCGCCGGCACAAAAGUAUGCAGCUGCCGGGCAAGUUGCCCGAGCCAACCGACAGCAGCUACUUCAAGCGCUUCGAUGCGGAUGUGAUUAAGCGACGCAAAGACUAUAUACUAUUACUGCUCGACUUUGCGGCACAGCAUCCGGCGCUGUACAAGUGCAACACUUUCACCCAGUUCUUUAGCGAAGCGCAAUCGCCAAAUGCAUCGCCGCUGCGCAAAUUGUAUGUGGAGCGCUCGCUCAAGUUGCCGGACAACGGGGCCAUAGCUGAAAUUUGCGAUAAACCCGACUUGCCCUACGAUCUGCCAUGUGACAAGCCGAGCGGAGAUAGCGAGGGAAAUCAGCAAAGCAAAGAUACGGGCAUUGAGGCAAAGGAACAACAGUCUAAGCGCGACUACGCACGCCUGCUCACGCCCAUGGCCUCCGUGGAGAGCGAAGAUAGCGAUUAUAUUUAUGAGGCGGCCUUGGAGUUCAGUCAUGCCGUGCAGUCGGAGGUUAAUCUAGACUAUGAAGACGCCCAUAAGCGUUACAAGCGGGGCGUGGAGCUGUUGCUCGACGGCGCCAAGCAUGAUGCCAACGAGGAUCGCAAGUUUAUAGCCAAGGCCAAGAUUGCGAAGUAUUUGGCCCGUGCCGAUGAUAUUUAUGCCAACUUUUUGAGCUCCGGCGCCGCCCGUAAUGGCAAAAGAAAGCUGCAGUUUCAGCUCUCGCUGGACGAGACGGACAAUGUAUCGCAGCUGGAAUGCCCCUGGAAUCAGUUGGCCAAGUACAAAGUGCUGCAGGUGCUGGGCGAACGUGUCAUGCAGGUGCAGUGCAUCACACAGCCGCUGUCGCAGCCAACGGCUGUCAUGAAGGGCAUUGAGAAACCGGCCAGCAAUUCGCCGACGCAAAGCAUCUUUUUGCCACAGCGUGUACCUUAUAUGUGCCAACUGCUGGCCUACUUUCAGUCGGACCAGAAGAUUUUCCUGUUGCUCAAGCAGGCCGAGGGCGGCCGCCUCUUUGACUAUAUACAAAGCUACACGCCCACCACCAGCAAGUGCGGCGACUACGCCGAUCUAUUCCCAGCGGAGCAGCCGCUGACGACAGACAGCGAUGUUACUGACUUGCUGCGCAAUUCGCAGCAGCUGCUCAGGUCCGUCUCGCAUACGCUGAGCACUGUACAGGCGGGCAUGCUGACGCCCAGGCGCCUGAAGACGACGGCGCCUGCCAAGCGUCUGCCCGAGGUGUGCCUGCGUCAAUGGGCGUGCGAGCUGGCCGUGGCUGUGCACAGUCUGCAUGGCAAGGGUGUUAUAUUGCGGGAUCUGCACAUGGAGAACAUUUUGCUAGGGAAUUCAGGUCAAUUAAUGCUCACGUAUUUCUAUCAGAACGAGGGCCUCAGCUCCGAUGACAACUACGUGCACAAGGCGCUAAGUUUGGUGGCACUAAACGAUCAUUUUGUGGCGCCGGAGCGACCUCUAACCUUUCGUUCGGAUUGGUGGAGCUAUGGCAUGGUGCUCUACCAGCUGCUCUUGGGUGUGUCCUACAAAUCGAUGCAUCCCGGCCAGCUGGAGCUCUAUGGCUGUGUGCAAUAUCCAUCAGAUGCGUUGGACAUUUCGGAUAAUGCGCGCGAUCUGCUGGAGCAACUACUUCAACUGUCCCCAGAGCUGCGCUUGGACUACGAGCAACUGCAGGCGCAUCCGUUUUUCGAAGGCAUCGAUUGGCAGACAGUUCUGGAGCAAGGCAACACUUAAUCCUACAAUAUAUUAAUUCAAUUAAUUCAAAAUUAUGCAAGUCUGAUAUGCGAUGUGGAACCCAAAACUUACGUUCUACAUAAAUAUCAAAAGAAGAGAGUCUCAAUAUUAUUUGUUUUUUUUUUGUUUGUUUUUGUUUUCUGUUGAUUGUUUCGUUUUCACUUGUGUGGUACAAAAUAUGUUACUUUAUUCUUUAAUAUAAUCGUAUUAUUAUAAUCUCUAUGUAUAUAUACAUUGCGAAUUAUUAUUGUAUUUAGAUUCUAGAAAAGAAGCUAAUCUUAGAUUUAUGAAAACUUGAAGCAGCUAAAAACUCGAAAUUACAAAAGUAUGAUGCAUACACCAUAAGUAUUAACAUUUUUGUAAGGACCAUAAGCUAAUUAUACAAACAUACAAACACUUUAUUGUCUAACUACACAA